CCCAGAUUUUCUUGGAGAACAAUGGCUGUAGCAAACGGCUCCUUGGUGAUGGAAUUCAUACUUUUGGGGAUAACUGAAGAGCCUGGCCUCCAAAUUCCCCUCUUCUUACUCUUUCUAACAAUAUAUAUGGUAACUAUAUUAGGAAAUUUGGCCUUGAUCAUUCUAAUUAUGUUGAAUUCUCACCUUCACACUCCAAUGUACUUUUUCCUCUUUAACUUGUCCCUCAUAGACCUCUGUUAUUCUUCAGUGAUUACACCCAAGAUGCUGAUGAACUUCUUACUGAAGAAGAAUGUUAUCUCUUACACGGGGUGCAUGACCCAGCUCUACUUGUUUUGCUUUUUUGCCAUUUCUGAAUAUUAUGUACUAACAGCAAUGGCCUAUGAUCGCUAUGUGGCAAUCUGUAAUCCACUCUUAUAUAAAAUUACUAUGUCCCCUGUGGUAUGCUUUUAUCUGAUGCUUGGUUCAUACUUGAUGGGAUUUUCUGGUGCCAUGAUCCAUACUGGAUUCAUGCUGAGACUGACAUUCUGUGAUUCGAACACCAUCAACCACUAUUUCUGUGACAUCCUCCCUUUGCUGCAGCUGUCUUGCACCAACACCUAUGUCAAUGAGAUAGAGCUGUUCAUUGUAGCAGGGAAGGACAUUGUAGUUCCUACUGCCAUCAUUAUUAUCUCUUAUGCCUUCAUUCUUUGCACCAUAUUCCAGGUGAGGUCCGCUGAGAGCAAGUACAAAGCGUUCAGUACCUGCAGUUCCCAUUUAUUUGCUGUUUCUCUAUUUUUUGGAUCAAGCACAUUUAUGUAUCUUCAGCCCUCCUCAACUUGGUCUAUGAAUGAGGGAAAAAUUUCUUCAGUCUUCUAUACUAUCAUAAUUCCCAUGAUGAAUCCCUUAAUCUACAGUUUAAGGAACAAAGAUGUUAAAGUUGCCCUGAGAAGAUCCCUGAAUAGGAGAAAGUUUUGA